AUGUAGGAUAAACAUUUUAUGGUCCAAUUUAAUAAGAUUGCAAAUUAAUUAAUAAAAGAUAAUCAAGUCAACUUAAUAAAUUAUAUAAAUGAGUUCAUUAUAUAGUAAUCUCAAACCAAGAUCAGAAACAAUGAAAUAAAAUAAAAUAUAUAGAAAGAGAAAUCUAAUUACGAAUAAGGAAAAAAUUAUAACCAAUCCUUUAUAGAAUAAUAGAUAUAAUUUACAAGAAAAUAAGUCUUUAUUCUAUUAUUAAUGAUGUAUUCGAAUGCUAUUGAUAAGGAUAAUCAAAAUAUGUAAUAAUCAGGAUUUUAUCAAAUUAACAUGGAAUUAAUAAAAUAGAGUUAAUGUAAAUAAUCAUAGGAAAAACUUAAGUGUAUUCAUUCCUAUUUUAUUAAUUUUUACAACAGAUUUCUAAAG